AUGUUGGUCGAAUUGGAAGAGCAGCUGAAGGCAAUUAAAAAAGCUGAAGAAACACGCAAUUCGCUUGUUGAGAGUUUGAUCGCGAAAGUCAGAGAGCUUUAUGUCGAAAGAGGCGAGCUACAGAGUAAGCUCGAACAAGCUGAGGAUCUCCGCGACGUGUAUCACGACAAGUUAAAGCACGCUCGCAAUGAUUUCAAUGAAUUGGAACGCAAGAUGUUCUGCGAUGGAUACAUCAAGCGCGGAAGUCUCGGUGGACGAGAAGCUGCGAUACAUCUUACAGGGAAUCUUACGAGACUGCUGAAAGCACAGGAAAACUUUCAGCCUCAUUUGAAAUUGAUUGUGCGUCUGUAUGCCAGCAUGUCUAAGCUAGGCGAGGCCUACGUGAAGAGCAGUGUACUUGCGGAUGUGUCAGUCUGGCAGGAUUUUGUUCAAGCCUUCAACAAAGAGAUACCACUUUGUGAGUUUAUUGACGCGGGAAGUGACAGAGAAUCUGCGGAUACUAGGAUCAAAGGUAACGACACUCUCGUGUAA